AAACCUCUAAGACGGAUGUUAGAGGAGCUAAUGGCACCAAUGAGACACUACGUGCGUAGAUCCGUUCCGGCACAGCCUGCCGAGGUGCCAGAACAAGCUGGAUCAAGUGAGGCGCAAGAACUGCGGGCGCAGAUGACUGCACUAGUUGGCGUGGUUCAGCACCAAGGGAGGUUGAUCGAGCGGCUCCAGGAGUGUUUGGAGCAGCUGGUAGCGGCGGCGACCGCGACGACGACUGAAGGUCGUGGUCUGCCCGCAUCCUCGAUUCGCGUGCUUAAUGCGGCUGAGGGUGAGGGCCUGGCAGCGGUUCCGAUGGCGGUACAUUCCCCGUCGGUUAGUGUUCCUCUGGCGGCUUCGGGUCCUACGAUGCUCGAUGCUGCAGCUGGGGAAGUGAGACAGGAACGCGAGGCGUUCAAGGAGAGUGGAGUAAAGAAGCGACCUGGCGGUAGUUCGAGGGGACAGUUUAGUUCCCAGAAGCCCCCGAAGUAUCGGGUGAGGUAGUCUGAUGGCUAUGGGCCUAAGCGAUGUGUGAUCUGCGGUGGAGAGCAUCGCGCAGGAAAUUGUGAGCAUAAGGCGGGACGGUGCUUCAGGUGUGGUCGGGCGGGGCAUAUAAGUCGUUACUGCCCAGAGGGAGCGUCGCCUGCACCGUUUGUUACAUUCGCCUCAGUGCCUCCGAGACAGUUGGCUGGAGUUCCGCCGUCUACCGUAUCGGUGGGACGUACGAUGGCGCCGCGUCAGCUUGAGGUGACCCGGUCGGCUCCGAGCGGUCGAGCAGUUGCAGCUCAGUUAGAGGGACCUGUUGAGGUCGAGGAGCGUGACAUCAUGGCAGGUAUGAUUUAAUUGAGGCAAUCAUACGUUUCUGCAUGUUGUAGACUUAAGAAAUUGUAUGCGUUUUCUUGUGGUCAUUGGCUACUACUUGUAUGUGUUACUGUAGUAGGGACCAAGUGGACGGGUUAGCGUAGACACCCGAGCGUGCUUAUGCAGUGAGAGCGUAGCGCCUGCUGGAGCAGGUAGCGAGCUUGAUGGCACUAGCAAAUUGCUGGUGGCGAUUAUUGGGCGAGUCAUGCUCGUGUAGUUAGUGCGCUUAGGCAGAGUUGCCUAAUGCCGGGCUUGUGUGGAGCGCUCGAGCGUGGUUACUCAUAGAGUGCGGUUGUUGACUCAGCCGGGUGAGUGUGUUGGCAGUAGCACUGUAGCAUUGCUAAGUGCGAAGCGGGCCAUAGAUCACUCGUAGGGCUGGUGGCUCUUACUAGGUGCUUAGGAGCCGAGAGUGGUGCGUGCAGCUCUAUAGAGCAUGUCGUGUAGGACGACGUUAGCGGGUAGUGCUUAGGGACGACCCGUGCCUGGACCAUUUGUGGACUGU